AUGUCAUGGAACUCUUUCAGUCUCGUCUGGCUGCCUACAGCAGCUGUUUCUCGUUCUGCCUCUUUCAUGGUUUUGUUCGGAGCCCCAAGCCAGGUUUUCUUCACUCUUAUGAUUGUAACCGUUCUAUUCUUCACCCACGGGACAAAAGUGAUGUUCAGCUUCAACUCAAUCUCUUCAAUAUGUGCUCGAAGUGUUCCUAACCGUCACCUCACAAGUACCUCGGCGGCUACCUUCGUCUUCAUUUUCCUUUCUCCGGUUCUUGCUCUUCAUGACUGCAUCCGAUUCUGCCUUAUUAAUAUGAGGGUAGUCAUUUUUCAUUCGCAACCAGGCUGCAUCUUCCGAGCUGAUGUCUCCACAAUUUUUCAGCAACGUAGAUCAGCGCGUAAGCAGAUUUCAGGUCAAGAAUCGUUGAGGCGCGUUCCAUUCGUCUCUAUUUCCGCAGGGCCUCUCCACUCAUAUCUAUUUCUUAUAGGUGCAUCUUCCUUACAACUCUACUCAACAGUUCACAGAUUUCCAUCAAAGUCUGCGAGAAAAUCAUGGUCCUCUAUGACAUAUUUUUCCCAGAUGCUGCAUUAUUGUUUCCACUGUUACUCCUCUCUGGCUGCUCGCUUGAAGCACAGGACUGAAUGCCGAUCACCACGUUUUUAUACACGGUCGGUCCAGUUACGUAAUUGCAUCCAUGCCGAGAACAAGUCGCCAUCUGCAACCAUUCGAUUAAUUGCAAUCACCUGGAUUGUGAGUGGCGUCAGUCACACAACCAAUCAGACCAUACGCUUUCCAUUUCACCGCACUGUUCUGCCAUCAAUUUUUGGUACAGUUCUCGUCCAACUCCACCUGUCAACCACAUUUUUGGUGACCAGCCUGUUUCGACGAGGGUUUCAGCACUUCGCCCAUUCACUGUUACAACUACUUGUGGUAGUCUGCUCAUUGGUCACAUAUAAAUAG